AUGCAGUAUUCAAUAGCUUCUAAUGGUCCUCCACAGUUGCCUUCAACCACUAUCUCCUCAAGUCUGUUUCCGGGAAUUCAAAGCUACCCAAACGCCUUCCCCGGUUAUCCAGUAUUAUUUCCGUAUACUGGACCAUCUGUAGUACCGACAUCCAUGGUGGUCGAUGCGGCUGGGAUUAACCAUUUAGUUGGUCCGUUGGGACCAACGUCGGGUAAUGUUUUUCCGGGAAUUCAAACCCAUCCGGGACCAAUCGAAGGAAAUAGAGUUAACCCUUCAGUCGCAUUGUCAGGACCGACCAAUGCGCAACUGGCAGCUCGGCAAGUAAUGCCCCGAGACUUACCGAAGUUCGUCGGAGAGCCCGAACAAUGGCCUAUUUUUUAUAGUUCCUUCAAGAACACGACUGAAGUCUGUGGAUAUACGGAAGCAGAGAAUCUGGCCAGACUGCAGCGUAGCUUAGGAGGUUCCGCCUUGGAGGCAGUUAGAAGUCGCCUGUUGCUACCCGCGUCUGUGCCAUACGUAAUGGAAACUUUACAAAAGUUGUACGGAAGGCCAGAGAUAUUAAUCAGUUCUCUACUAACCAAAGUGAGAAGCAUUCCUCCACCAAAGGCGGAUAACUUAAGCACUAUUGUGGCUUACGGAUUGGUGAUUCAAAACCUCGUCGAUCAUAUUAUAUUGACUGAUCAACAGGCGCACUUCUCGAACCCGAUGCUGCUCCAGGAGCUGAUCGAUAAAUUACCUGCCUCGCUGAAAUUGCAGUGGGGAGCGUUCAAGCAGGCACACCUGCACGUUAACCUUGCGACGUUUAAUACCUUUAUGUCGGGCUUAGUAAAUUUGGCGUCGGAGCUGAGUGUCGGAGUAGAGUCUGCGCAAAAUUACAGCAAGCAGCAUAAGGCGGAAAAGUUUAAGCCAAAGGAGAAGUUGUUCACUCACGCGAACGAGCUGCCCACAUCAACGAAGGAAAACACAGUUGGGGAGAUCUCAUCUAAGCCUUGUUCGUUUUGCGAGCAAAAUAGUCAUCAGAUUCUGAACUGCGUCAGUUUCAAAUCGUUGGACAUUGGUGGUCGUUGGAAGGCAAUACGACAAAAGAAUUUAUGCCGGUUGUGUCUAAUACCGCAUAGAAAAUGGCUAUGCCGUUCGAAGAAGGAAUGUGGAGUAGAUGGAUGCCGAGUUCGUCAUAAUAUGUUGUUGCACAGUAGUCGGAAUGAAGCGGUAGAUGGCGCAAGAUCCGCUAAAACCGUUCACCAUAAUCAUCACCACACAAAAUCAUAUUCGUUGUUCCGGUAUCUCCCAGUUACGCUGUAUGGAGACGGGAAGCAAGUCGAAACUUUCGCAUUUCUAGAUGAUGGAUCGUCAUCAACGUUGCUUGAAGAACAGAUCGCGACACAGUUGGGUAUCGAAGGUGAACCUGACAACUUAUGGUUGAGUUGGACUGGGAAGAUCAGCAGACAAGAGAAGACCUCCAAGCGGUUGAGCGUGAAGAUAUCCGGGGUUGGUAAGCAGAAACUAUUCCAGCUGGGCAACGUACGGACCGUACGGGAGCUGGGGCUUCCCAGUCAAACGCUGAAUUACAAAGAACUGUCGAGUACCUUUCCGCAUCUGCAAGGACUUCCCGUUGCUAGUUAUACCAAUGCCAAACCAGGCAUGAUUAUCGGUCUUGAGCACGUGAAGCUGCUCACUAGUUUGAAAAUUCGCGAGGGCAGCUGCAGCGAACCGGUGGCCACUAAAACUAGGUUGGGGUGGUGCGUGUAUGAGAGAAAUUCCGGGGACAGAGGGUCCAUGGAACAGCUUCACCUGCAUGCUCGAGUUAGUAUGAGCAAUAGCGACUUGUAUGACUCGAUGCGAAAGUUUUUCGCCGUUGAAGAUGCCGUAGUGACAAAACAGAUUGAAGCCGAGGAAGACAAGCGGGCACGCAGUAUUCUGGAAGCAACCACGUUUUCCGAUGGCGGUAAGCAGGUUGAAAGGUCUGGAAAACGGUUGGCUAAAGAUCCUGAGCUUCGCAGGAAAGUGAAUGAGCAGAUAGAGAGCUACGAGAAGAAGCAGUACGUCCGUAAGGUGUCACCGGAGGAACUUAAGCAAGUGAACCCCGAGCGUGUGUGGUACUUGCCCUUAGGAGUGGUAACGAAUCCCAGGAAGCCAAACAAAAUUCGGAUGGUGUGGGAUGCUGCUGCCAAGGCUAAUGGUGUCUCAUUCAACGACAUGCUGCUAAAGGGUCCGGAUCUACUGGUUUCGCUUGUGGAGGUAUUGCUGCGGUUUAGGGAAGGCAAGAUCGCAGUGUGCUUAGAUAUCCGAGAAAUGUUCUUGAGGAUUCUGAUUCGUGAGGAGGAUAAGUGGUCCCAAUGUUUUCUAUGGCGCGCCAGUGCGGAAGAUGAAGUGCAAAUUUUUGUUAUUAACGUCGCCAUGUUUGGGGCAACUAGUUCUCCCUGCACAGCACAGUUCAUAAAGAACAAAAACACACUUGAUUACGCAGAACUUUACCCCAAAGCGGUAGAUGCGAUUAUUAGGAACCACUACGUCGAUGACUUUCUCAGCAGUGUCAAUUCUGUGGAGGAAGCCGUACAGCUCAUCCGGCAAGUGCAGCUUAUACACGCAGCCGGUGGAUUCGAGUUCGGAAAAAUUCUAUCCAGCUCACAGGAGGUGCUCGAUCUACUCGGGGAGACUGGUACGUCUGACAGCAAGUCACUCAAUUUAGAGAAGGAACGGGUCUACGAGCGAGUCUUGGGCGUGGUAUGGGUUCCCAGGGCGGAUCACUUCACUUUCGACCGAACAGGGCUGGAAGGAAUUUUAGAAGGCGGAAUGUUUCCAACGAAGCGCCAUGUUUUACGCACAGUUAUGAAAUUAUAUGAUCCGCUGGGAUUCGUAGCGCACUUUGUAGUGCAAGGGAAAAUAAUAAUGCAAGAAAUCUGGCGAACGGGUACUAACUGGGACGAGCCCAUAUCAGAGUCUUUGCACAACCUGUGGAGUAGGUGGAUCGAGGUGUACCUGACGAUCAGCGAGGUGAGGGCUCCCCGAUGCUUUCUUGGUCAUCUUUUGCCGGAGGAAAUCGACGAAAUAGAACUACAUGUGUUUACGGACGCGAGCGUAGCGUCCUGUGCUUGUGUGGCCUAUCUGAGGAUGUCGUAUAGCGGAGGCGGCUGGUGUUCGCUGGUUGCAGCAAAGACAAAAGUUGCGCCACUUCGGGCGCUCUCAAUCCCCCGCUUGGAGCUUGAGGCUGCCAUGAUGGGAUCACGCUUUUUGCAGAAAAUUCGUACGGCACUUACCCUCAACAUUCGAAGACACUUCCUGUGGACGGAUUCAGCUACAGUGCUCGCAUGGCUCCGCUCAGACAGUCGUCGAUAUCACCAAUUCGUUUCUUUCCGGGUUGGAGAAAUUCUUUCGCUCACCAGCGUGGACGAAUGGCGCUAUGUACCAUCGAAGCUCAAUGUUGCGGACGACGCCACAAAGUGGAACUCGGGACCCUCAUUUGACCCAGAAAACCGUUGGUACCAGGGACCACCGUUUCUACGAAACCCAAAAGAGCAGUGGCCUGGGCAGUCAGUAGUGGAGGAUGAAGCGGAUGUAGCAUGCGAAGAACUACGUUUAGUAGGCGUACAUCAAGCGGCCGAGAGCGAUGGCUUAUGUUCACCGGGCAGUCAGGAUCUGGAAGCGAACUCUAGGGAGAAAAAGUCGCCGGGCAUGUCCUGGAUCAGGAAGAUAUCGUGA